CCAAAAAAGUGAAAACCUAUAUUUACCUGCUUCGAUUAUCGAAUCAAAAUUGCACCUGAAGCACUGACAUUGUGUUCUACUUGGUUUUGCCACGAAUUGACUGUCAGUGAUGGAGAUUGGGUCACACUCUGAUCAGAGUAAAUCAACAUUUUGUCUGGUGGAUGAGGAUCAUACAUUUGCCAAUCCUGUCCGAUUCACCCUAAAUCAAGAUCCAAGAGUGACAUUUUGCGGGUACAGCAUUCCUCAUCCUUCAGAUAAUCGUGUAAAUAUCAGAGUCCAGACAACAGGGGAUCCGGCAAAAGAGGUGUUAAAAGAUGGAUGCCAGGAACUGAUGCAUGUGUGCCAGCAUGUUAGGGGAACUUUUGAUAAAUCUGUGAAUGAUUUUAAAAGGACCAAAACCAAUACUGAACAGAAUAUGGAUACAAAAUAAAGUCUGCUUUAGACUAUUUAUAAUUUGGAUACUGACCUGGCUGUGUAUUGUUGGUCUUAGUUUAGUCUAUAAGCAUUGGCAAAUGUUGGAGGGUUAAGGAAAUAAAAGUAGAUUUGUUAUUAUUAUUAUUUAAGAAACAAAACAUUUAUUGCAUUUUGAAUUAAAGUAUUUAAUUUGAUUUAUUUAAUGCCCUCAGGCUACUUUCUUGCAAGACCCAUGAUCAAUUU